GAAACAAGGUACUAAGUAGAACUAAUUAGUACAAUGCUUGUGUUUACACCUUUACUCAUUGGAGUUCACAAGUUUGCCAGAUUCACAAAGUAAACUUUGUCACUUGGUGAAUUCACACCUCCCUUAAAGCUCUUAGGGCCAGAGAGCACCAUGGGAGAAAACCCAUAAUUCCAUUCUCUCAGAAGAGAGAGAUAUAAGGCCAGUGAAGAGAGAUCUAUUCCAGAAUAUUUUCCACUUGGCUGGCUGGUGGCAGAAGAGAGUUCAGCUGGUUGGAGAGGAGCACUCUGGUGCAGGGAGAUUUCAGCAGAAUUACUCCAGAAGCCCUCUCUCCGAGGCAAGAGGGAAUAUUUUCCACUUGGCUGGCUGGUGGCAGAAGAAAGUUUUCAGAGGAAGAAGCUACGAGUCGAGAGUUCAGCGGACAACCAGAUUCGUCUUCAUCUCACACCACUGUGGUUGGUGGCUGGGCUCCUGCACUUCCCCCACUGAGACCAAGCUGGUCUGAAAGACUCACCAGAAAGCUAGCCGAGCCCCAAGUGAAGGAGGCAAGAGAUUCAUUCCAUCUUUGUGCUGGCUGGAGGCUGAAGAAAGCAGAGGCAGAGGCUGAAGGACAAAACCUUUGGAUUUGGAGACAUUCGGAGGGCUCCAAGCUAACCGGACUAUAUUAGGGACAAAAAAAGAUCUGAACCUACAAGGACUGGCCUUUCUCCAUUAGUGGGGCGGGCGACUUGUUCGGCAUCAUGGUGGAGGAGGUUCAGAAACAUUCUGUGCACACACUUGUGUUCAGAUCACUAAAGAGGACCCAUGACAUGUUUGUGGCUGAUGAUGCAAAGCUGCUACAGUUAGAUGAAGAGAGUCACAAGUUAAAGAUGGCUGUCAAACUUCAUACAGAGUAUGGCCCGGUGUUGCAUAUGCCUAUUUUGAAAGAAAAUCUUAGAGAGAAAGGCUCUCCGAGUGCAGUGGAUGCAUAUGGACAUAAACAGUAUCCGGCCAGUCAAGGACAAGAACUUGACUAUACAGUAACUGGUACACAUCCAUACCCACCAGGACCUGGUGUGGCCUUGACUGCAGAUACUAAGAUUCAAAGAAUGCCGAGUGAAUCUGCUGCACAAUCUUUAGCUGUGGCUCUACCUCCUUCACAAUCCAGGAUAGAUGCAAACCGCACUUCAGCUACCGUAGGUGAUAUUUACCGACAUGCUGGACUUCCUGAACACUCACAGCCACCUGGAUUAGCUAUGGCUAUGAUGGGGGCCGGUGGCACCAGGAAUGCUGCAACGAUGGCCAAAAAGGCGCCUACAAUGCCUAAACCACAGUGGCAUCCACCAUGGAAACUAUACAGAGUUAUCAGUGGACAUCUGGGCUGGGUCCGAUGUAUUGCACUAGAACCUGGGAAUCAAUGGUUUGUUACUGGUUCUGCUGAUAGGACUAUAAAGAUCUGGGACCUGGCUAGUGGCAAAUUAAAACUAUCACUGACUGGCCAUAUCAGUACCGUACGAGGGGUGAUAGUAAGUGCAAGGAGUCCGUACCUCUUCUCCUGUGGAGAAGACAAACAAGUGAAAUGCUGGGAUCUCGAAUACAAUAAGGUUAUCAGACAUUAUCAUGGACAUCUAAGUGCAGUAUAUGGUUUGGAUUUGCAUCCAACAAUUGAUGUGCUUGUGACUUGUAGUCGAGAUUCAACUGCACGGAUAUGGGACGUGAGGACAAAAGCCAGCGUACACACAUUGGCAGGGCAUACAAAUGCAGUGGCUACAGUAAAGUGUCAAGCUGCAGAACCACAAAUCAUUACAGGAAGCCAUGAUACAACCAUACGAUUAUGGGACUUGGUGGCAGGAAAAACACGUGUCACACUAACAAAUCACAAAAAAUCAGUUAGAGCAGUAGUUCUACAUCCAAGACAUUAUACAUUUGCAUCUGGUUCUCCAGAUAAUAUUAAACAGUGGAAAUUCCCUGAUGGAAACUUCAUUCAAAACCUUUCAGGUCAUAAUGCUAUAAUUAAUACACUGGCUGUGAAUUCAGAUGGAGUGCUGGUAUCUGGAGCGGAUAAUGGCACUAUGCAUCUCUGGGAUUGGAGAACUGGAUACAAUUUCCAAAGAGUUCAUGCAGCUGUACAGCCUGGGUCUUUGGACAGUGAAUCAGGAAUAUUUGCAUGUGCUUUUGACCAAUCUGGAAGUCGAUUACUAACUGCAGAAGUUGACAAAACCAUUAAAGUAUACAGAGAAGAUGAUUCGGCGACGGAAGAAACUCAUCCAGUCAGCUGGAAACCAGAAAUUAUCAAGCGAAAAAGAUUUUAAAAGUGGCAACAUGUAUAUAAUUGGGCCAUUGUUUUAUUUUGGCUUUUAUAAAUGCAUUCCGUCACAUUGUACUGUCUAUAGGACUAUAAAGCAGAACCUCAAGCAGAGGUCAUUACUGCUUCAUCACAUUAUACAAUAAACUCCCUUUUUUCUUAGGGAAAAAAAAAAAAAAAAGAACCAAGGACUGGAAGAGACAUUCCUUCCAUCUCCCACCUUUGUGGUGGCUGGCCUAUCCUCCUGCUUCCCCCACCGAGACAAGGCCAAUCUGAAGGGCCUCCAGAAAGCCAGCCAAGCCCCAAGCAAGGAGACAGAUUGAAGGAAACAAUCAAGACAUUUGGACUUAAUCCCUGGUCAUUUGGAGAUUACUCUGCUGAAAAAAAGGCCGGUCCCAAGACCUAUGGAAAGCUAACCAGAGCAUUACCACCAGGGCACUAGGACAUCUGAAGCCCAUGAAUCUCAAGAUAUUCAAGGGUCAUUUUGUCUGAGGCCAGAUUUCAGGGUCAUCUUUGAAAUACCUUGAAGAAAACCUUCUUC